AUGCGCGUAUGGCGACCUAACAGCACUACGUGGACGCCGACAUGCUUGAUUUUCUUGACGACACUGGCAUGGAUCGUGCACGCUUUACCCAACGACAACAAUAACAAUUCAUCCAACACGCCAAUCUACAAGAUUGGUGUCAUGUUCCCAGACCCCGCAUCUGUGCGUGCAACUGAUCCCACGCUAAACGAUAUGAUUGUCGCCAGCCGAGCAGCCAUUGAUUUAGCAUCGCAAUCUGCCGCCAAAAUUGCACCAGACGUCACGUUCGAAUUCCAACAUGUGGCAUCCGACAGCAAAAAUUUAGGUGCAACGGCAUGGACCACUGUCGACAUGGUGGAAUCUGGGAUAAAUGCAUUGAUUGGUGAUAUGGUAUCUUCAAUGACACAAAUGGAGGCAGGCAUCACUGGUGUACGCCAAAUCCCGCAAUGCUCGUGUGCCUCUGCAUCACUCAAGCUAUCCAACAAGGAUGCCUAUCCCUAUUUCUUUCGCACAGUAGGCAAUGUUGUACUAUUUGGCAGCACCCUAGUGGAUUGGGUACGCUAUAUGGGAUGGCAAAAGUUUGCACUCAUUUACACCAAUGAUGAUGUGGGCCAACAAGUACUAUCCGCCAUGGUCCAAAAGGCAUCGUCAUAUAACCUUGAUGCCAUGACACAAAUCCCAUUGUAUGACAUGAGCCGUGUAGAAGAAUCAUUGGAAACUCUGGCCAAGUCUGGAUCAAGAAUUGUUAUUCUCGCCGACUCCACUACAUCCGAUCAAUUGAUGGUGUUACGCACAGCCAUGUCAAUGGGUUUGUUGUCCGAAGGAUGGGUUUGGAUGUUGACAAACGACAUGUCACCUGCCAUUCGUGACACCGUGAAAUCCCAAGAAGAGCUGGCUGCUUACGAUGGGCUCAUGUUUAUUAGCGGUAUAUGGAACCUGAGCGGUAUUCCUGCUUAUGAUGCCAUGCAAGAGUCUUGGAAUACCUUACCUGCACCAUCCAACUUCACUGAUCCAUCCUCAUGGCACAGCUCAGGGCUUUCCUAUAAUGCACCCCAAUGUUAUGCAUGCGCGGAAUUAAUGGCGCUUGGAUUAGACAAGGCAAGUGUGGAUAUUCAAAAUGCUAUCUACUACACCCCCAACUGCACGUCAUGCACGCAUGCUCUUAACGAGUAUCCUGGUGGUCGGCAAAAGGGAUUGGCAGACUUGGCAGCUGGUAGCUUCAAUUCGAGCAACAUGACGCCGACUUUUUACAAUCUCAACUAUACCGGGCCCGCAGGUGUGAUGGACUUUGCAGAUACAGGCGAUCUCCAAACUGGCUACUUUGCAUUACAGUACAUGGUGGAUGGCUCGGUGGUCACCUAUGCAACAUUGAAGAAUGGCACCUUUGAAUUCGAAGAUAACUCUGUUCUCUACCUUGGCCAUACCAAUGUUCGUCCUCGGGAUAGUGUCCAGCGAUAUCCUCUCAAUCUCACUUUGGAGGAUGGUCAUGGUAUCGCGGUGGUAGUCAUUUGCGCUACGGGCAUGUUUUUCUGCUUAUGUAUGUUGGUCUUGAUUCUAAUGUAUCGUCGGCUGAAAUCCAUCAUGGUGUCAAGCCCAACAUUUUGUUGCAUCCAAUUACUUGGUAUCUUGAUGGGAUACUUGGGGUGCCUUAUGUAUGUUGGAAAGCCCAAUCCCGCUAUAUGUAUUGCUCGGCAGUUUAUCAUCACCACGGGAUUCAUUUUGGUGGUUGGAAGUCUCAUUGCUAAAAGCUACAGUUUCCAAAACGUUUUCACGGUUCGGACAUCAAGACUCAAAUCGAAAUACCUACUGCAGAUCGUUGCUGUAUGCGGAUUUAUCGCCUAUGUACCUCUCAUUGUAUGGCAAGCAAUGUAUCCUGUCGAGGUGGAAGAGCUCACAGUGGGCAACUCUGUAUCAUUUUGUUGGGUUUGUGUAUACCCUGGAUCUCCUGGAGGAUGGGUACAAGUCACUAUAGCCGAGCUGGUUACCUUGGUAUGGUGUGCCCUUUUGAUUUUCAUUGCAGCAUUGCUGGCAUACAAGACACGCAAGGUGCGUGGUAAAUGGGCCGAGACAAACCAAAUUGCCUAUGUGAGCUACAAUCUUGGUUUGGCAGGAUGUCUUGCAAGUCCAAGUUUCUUUUUGCCGGAUGAAAACUACGUGAUUGCUAUCCAUCUCAAGAUGACGGCUGUUAUUCUUGCAUCAACUUGUGCACUGAUCAUCAUCUUUGUGCCCAAGUUCGUUUCUAUUGUGAGAUACCUAUACGGCAAGCACAAGAGCAAAUUGUGGCGAGGUUACCGUGGCAACCGUAGUAACUCCGCAGGUUACUUUAAUGAUGGUGGAUAUGGAGGUGGCAGCUCAAGCCAAGAACACAACAACAGCGACAACAUGGCAACACAAAACUUGCUCGACUUUAGUGUGCAAGCACACGAGGGAGUGUUACCUGUCAAAAAGAUGGCACGAUUCAAUUACAUGUCCAUCUGGGAACUCAAGCACGUUGUUGUGGUGCCACUGAAACGAUUCUUUAUAUUGAUGAAUAAACAAGGCCAUCAAGCACGAGUCCAUCAUUAUCUUGCAUGUGAACCAGUUUCAGCAUCCGAGGAUCGAUGUAUAUUUCGUGUGGUAACGGAAGACAAUAUGGCGUUUCUAUUUCAAGUGCAUGAUCAAGUUGCUUUACAUCGAUGGCUUGAAUGGUUUGUUGGACCUGUGGAUCCCGACACAAUGCAACAGGAUUAUGACAAAACAGGUGGUGGUGAUGGAUAUCACACCACCGACGCCACGCAUACCACCGCCACCGCACGGGCCGCACCACCCACAGCUUUAUCCCUUCAACAAGAACCAUUCACAAGCAUGCACGAUCAAUUAGCCACAUUUGGUGCAGCUGCUGCUAAUGCGACAUCAACAACUAAUACAGCAAUGUCACAUCAUCGUCGAAAUUCAUCAAGUCAUUAUGAGCCCACCGCAUCUUUAAUAUCACCCCAUGGGAACCAUCCUAAUGGCAGCAGUGACAUGCUUCUUCGUCGCCAUCACGACUAUUCACGUGCCAGCAAUGACGAUGAUCGAGAUCUCAGUGAAAUGUGGGCAAGGUCUAACCAUCACUUUCCAAUGUCACCCACAUCAUUUGAUAUGGCUGUUAAUGAUAUCCAUUCUUCAUCCACUACUGCUUCUUCACGUCCUCGUUUCCCAUCUUUCUUUUAG